UUUCUUUUCUCUUUUACUAUACCCUCUUUUUUUUGUAUAUACAUAUCUAUUAUGAGCAUUUCACCUUAUGAAUUUGAAAACCAUCAUCUCAUUAGAAAAGAACGCCUUCCAUCUAUCAAACGCAUUUUUGAUUCAAUUCAAGACUCGGUGCCCAGCCAAGCACCAUCUCCUCCCGAUUUGCUACAUGAUUCUGAUGAAGAUGAUGGCGAUUCACUCUGUACUCCUUCUGUAUCAUCUUCUCCUCAUGCAUAUCAUGAUCCAUGUAAUCGCAAAAAGACAAUACCUUACAAAUCACCUUCUGUAGCCUAUGAUACAACGCGUCAAGCUUUUGAUAAUAGUGUCGUCUUUCAAUUAAACCUUGUUCCCUCCCAUGCACAUGCUAAUGUUUCAAAUAUGACAAAUCAAGGCAAACUUAUUGAGGAGACAUGUGACUUUAAAUGUACUUCACACAUUGUAUGCGGUCAAUCAAUACUCUCGGCGCUACGCAGAAGAGUGGCACAUGCUCGUAGCCAUCUGCAUCAAACACAACCUCGGCUUAGUCAUAAACGUACUCGCUACGGUAGUAUGGUUCAAAUACCUAAACCAAAAUAUCGCCGUAUCGAUACUGAUAGUGAAGAAAACGAUGUGAUGAGUAAUGAUUCCAUAACUUCAGAUCUGGAACACAAGUUUCGGACUGUUGAAAAUCAGUAUCAUAAUCCUCAUUCCAUGGAUCAGAUCAGCACUAAACAUGAGCCUACUAAGCGCACAAAGAAUCCAGCACCCACAGGUCGUCCUACAAGGGUCAAAGGUCCUUGUCAAGCAUGCCAAGAAGCUUCUGAUGGUUGUAUGCGUAAAGCAUUCAAUUGGCCAUUCUCUACAAACCAAACAUUUAGUGAUAAGGGAAAACCAUUUGUUUAUCUUUGCAACAAAUGUGGUCUUCGUUAUAACAAAAGUAAUGGUUGUGUUUGCCGACAUUGUCGUUGGGUAUUUUGUAAAGAAGAAAAGAGAAAAGCAUUACAACAUAUUGAAGCCAUGCGUCGUUCCCGCCCUGAUGGUCGAGUCGAUCCUAAUGAAAAUAUCGAGAACUUUGUCUGUAGUCCCAAAUAUUGGACUUGUGGAAAGCCAUGGAAAGUUGGAUGGGUCUUGAAUAGUUUAAAUGAAGAUGACGAUGAAGACGCUCUCUUUUCUUUUACAUCUUAACCACACUUGUAAAUUGUGUUUCAUCUUGUAUAUAAUAAAUUCUUUUUUAU